AUGAGUUCCAGAAUAGAUCCUCGAGUGGUCCGAUUGCUUGAAAAGACAGCUCUAGAAAACUUAUUAAAAACAUACUUUCAAUCGGUAUAUGGAAAAGAUGAAAUCGUAGAGAUGGAGAGAGGACUGAAUAACGCACUAAAGAAAUAUGAAAAUAUAGAAGAAAUCUUCCAGGCCCUGUGGGAAAACGAGAAUGUAGCUGAACCAUACUUGAAAGAUUGCUUGGAUACGCUCUGUGAAGAAUCGUACAAUGCAGGGAGAAACCACUCACCCGAAAGUUUAAUGAUGCUAUCGAAAUUUUUCAUUAAAGUUCGAGAUUGGCGACUAGCCGGUGAAAUUUUGUGGGGAGCAACUUCCCUCGCGAUCCAGAAUUUCAUUACAGAACGUAAUUUGAAUGUUCGUUUAUAUUCCCAUAAUGGGAAAGUUGAUUUUGCCAGAGCACUUUCCGAUGAUAUCGGUAGGAGAUUCGCAGUAUUUGUAUCAUGCCACUCAGGAUUCUACUCUAAUAAUCGAACCGCUCGGCAAAUAAUUUCAGCCUAUGAAGAUGCAAAUGAGUUUAUUCUGUUGCUUAAAGAGUUCAAUUUAACUGAUGAAAAAAAAUUACUUUUGGAAAAAGACAACUUUAAUUGA